CGCCCCACCGGCCGGCAAAGUAGUAAAAGUGCCUGGGGCGGGCGGGCGGCCCGGCUUCGGGGCGCCAUGGGCUCCGGCCCGUCCAGCUACAGGCCCAGGGCCGUGUACCUGGACGUCGACGGCCGCGUCCAGAAGGUGGUCUUCAGCCGCUACUGCAGCUCCAGCGACAUCAUGGACCUGUUCUGCAUUGCCACCGGCCUGCCCAGGAACACCACCAUCUCCCUGCUCACCACGGACGACGCCAUGGUGUCCAUCGACCCCACCAUGCCCACCAACUCAGAACGGACCCCCUACAAAGUCAGGCCGGUGGCCCUCAAGCAGCUGUCUGAGAAGGAGGAGCUCUUGCAGAGUGCGCUGAGCCAGGUGGCUGAGCAGCUGUCCAGAGCUUUUAAGAUCAACGAACUGAAGGCGGAAGUCGCCGAUCACCUGGCCGGGCUGGAGAAACGGGUGGAGUUGGAGGCUCUGAAAGCCGUAGAGAUAGAAAAAUGCAAGAGUGACAUUAAGAAGAUGAAGGAGGAGCUGGCGGCCAGAGGCACCAGGGCCGGCUGCUCCUGCAAGCUCAGCUUCCUGGACGACAGCAAGAAGCUGGCUCCGCGCCGUGAUGUCCUGGCCUAUCCCAAGUACCUGCUGUCCCCUGAGACCAUCGAAGCCCUCCGCAAGCCCAGCUUCGACGUGUGGUUCUGGGAACCCAACGAGAUGCUGAGCUGCCUGGAGCACAUGUACCACGACCUAGGCCUGGUCAGAGAGUUCAACAUCAACCCCAUCACGCUCAAGAGGUGGCUGGCCUGCGUGCAGGACAACUACAGGAACAACCCCUUCCACAACUUCCGGCACUGCUUCUGCGUCACCCAGAUGAUGUACAGCAUGGUGUGGCUCUGCGGGCUCCAGGAGAAGCUCUCGCAGUUGGACAUCCUGGUGCUGAUGACAGCCGCCGUGUGCCACGACCUGGACCACCCUGGGUUCAACAACACGUACCAGGUCAACGCCCGAACCGAGCUGGCCGUGCGCUACAACGACGCCUCGCCCCUGGAGAACCACCACUGCGCUGUGGCCUUCCGCAUCCUGGCACAGCCCCGCUGCAACAUCUUUGCCAGCCUCCAGCCCGACACCUUCAGGCAGAUCCGCCAGGGCAUGAUCACACUCAUCCUUGCCACCGACAUGGCGAGGCACGCGGAGAUCAUGGAGGCCUUCAAGGAGAAGGUGGAUAGUUUUGACUUCAGCAACGAGGAGCACCGAACGCUGCUGAAGAUGAUCCUGAUCAAAUGCUGCGACAUUUCCAACGAGGUGCGGCCCAUGGAGGUGGCGGAGCCCUGGGUGGACUGCCUGCUGGAGGAGUACUUCAUGCAGAGUGAUCGGGAGAAGUCGGAGGGGCUCCCCGUGGCUCCCUUCAUGGACCGAGACAAGGUGACCAAGGCCACGGCCCAGAUCGGCUUCCUGGAGUUCAUCCUGAUUCCCAUGUUCAAGACCGUGGCCCAGCUCUUCCCCGCGGUCGGGGACCUCAUGCUGCAGCCGCUGUGGGAGUCCCGAGACCGCUAUGAGGAGCUGAAGCGCAAGGAUGACGUCACCACAGCAAAGGCCAAGGGUGAGGCGUGUGAGGACGCAGCCCCGUCGGGAGAGAAAGGCUGUGUGGAGAAAAGCCCCGACCGGGACGUGCUGGCCACCUGACCCCACGGACGGACGGCUGGAUGGGCACCAGCAGGUAGUGGCAGCGGAAGGAAGGUUGGGGCGCCCCUUCCCCCUGGGCCAGGAAGGAGCGACAGUGCCAGCUGGCAGUGCCAACUGCGGACAUGUCUCCUGAGAACCGCGCAUUGCCAAGGCUUCAUGAUGGGCCAAGGCUUCAUGACGAUGUACAGAUUUUUAUUUUUCAAUGUUCGUAAAUCAUCUAUUCUUAUACAGAGA